UCCAACCAUUCGACCCUAUCAUAGCAAAACCCCUACAAACAGCGAUCGGAGAGCGGCGGCGAUAACAUGUGGUCAGCUUUACGCAGCCGAGCUCUAUCCUCUUCAUCUUCACCCAUCAGUCCCCAGUGGAAAACCCUUCUUGCGUCUUCGUCUUCGUCGUCGAUUUUGGCUCGCGUGUUCACCUCAUCCGCAGUUAGCAUUAACGAGACCGGGAAAAGCAAAGAGCUUUUGAGCUUGGCGGAGGUUGAGAAGAUACUGAACGACGUCGGAGCUGAUGAUGUGCGAGUUAUUCCAACUCCCAAAGACUGUGAGUUCACGGAUUACAUGGUCAUUGCCACUGGUAGAUCUCCAUGGCACGUGCGCAACAUCUCUCAAGCCCUAAUUUACAAGGUUAAGCAAAAGCAGAAAGGAGCAAAGAGAAUGUUACUGCCUUCUGUGGUAGGGCAAGAGGGAGGGAAGUGGAUUGUCAUUGACUCUGGUACGCUGAUUGUGCACGCGGUUGAUGAGAAGGCAAGAGCUUAUUACAACUUUGAGGGUCUUUGGACCACAAACAUAUCAAACAUAGAACGCACUCAGGAUUUGGAGCAAGCAUUUGUUAAGAUUCGUCGGAAGAAUAACUCCAAGAAACCUUCACAAGCACAUGCAUAGUCUAGGCCUCAGUAAACAAAGCCAUCUUCACUCCAGUAAAUGGUGCAGAGCUUGCGAGGAUUUGUUCAGUGUUUUCUGUAGUUGACGUUUGAAAUUGUGACCCAUUGUGUAGCUGAGGAUUGCUGAAUUGCAAACGUUCACUGUUUGCUUCCUCUGGCACCCUGGAAAAUUUUGUCAGCGAUGAAGGAAACCCAUGUUGUCUACUUCUGUUACAACAGACUUGAAAUAAAUAGUCAACACCUUCUCCCCUGUAUGGUCUGCAAACUCUAAAAACUGUUCUUGUCAGGUUGAUAACAAAUGUCCUUACAAGUACAACUUUUCUUAAAUAACCGAAUAAUUACGUGGUGAA